AUGGUUCACCUGAAUAAUGAAAUGGCCAACAGGCACUUUACACCAGCAGCCACUUUAAUGUUCAUCCUCCUUUUUUCCAACACAAUCUUCUCCAGCCAAAUAGCAGCAGUAGUUGGUGAUGACAUCACUUUGCCAUGCCACCUGGAACCCGCUAUGAGUGCUUCAGACAAGACUGUAGUGACCAGAUCUGGCCUGGAGCCCAGAUUUGUUUAUGUGUGGCGUGAUGGUGUGGAGCUAGAGAGUAAGAAACAUCCGUCCUACAGAGAGAGGACAUCAGUGUCCAUCAGUGGACUGGGUCAUGGAGACAUUUCACUCAAACUCUCCAGGGUGAAACUCUCUGAUGAGGGGAAGUACAUAUGUCAUGUUCCAAACCUGCCACAGUCUUUUGCUGAGCUUUUUGUUGGUUUUGUCUCUGUACCUGUCAUAUCAGGGAUUAACAUAAACAGCAGAGCAGUGGUGUUAGAGUGUGAGUCUAAAGGCUGGUAUCCAGAGCCUGAGGUGUUGUGGCUGGACGGUGAGGGAAACCUCCUCUCUGCUGGACCUACAGAGACAGUCAGAGGUCCUGAUGACCUCUAUACUGUCAGCAGCAGAGUGACUGUGGAGAAGAGACACAGCAACAGCUUCACCUGUAGAGUCCAACAGAACAAAACCAACCACACCAGAGAGGCACACAUUGACAUUUCAGGUGAUUUCAGUUCAGCUGUUUGUAUCGGCCUGUGGCUCAUCAGCAUGGCUUUCAUUUUGUGUAGUCUUACAGCUGCCUUUGUUUGGUGGAAAUGGAAACACAGGUCAGAGGACAGAAGAAAUGUAAGAGCUGUAGUUCCAAUGCUGGAUUGUGACUCGUCAACAUUAAAAUAAACUCACAGACUGGUGACGGAGGCGUGGAGAUGCUGUGGUUGUUCUGUACAGACUUUGUCAUGGUUAAAUGUAGACACACAUCAGAGGUGUUAUAUCUACAGUAUGUAUGCUUAAAUAAAAGUGUCUGU